GCCUUCUGCCCCUUUGACAGAAUCUCUGGUCCGCAAGGCUUUGGAUGCUUUGGAACAACCUCUAGAUAUUAUCUCUUCACCGCCUGACACCGUCUCGGACCAAAAAAUCUUGCAGUGGUGUACAUACGAUGCCAUGAACCAUGACUUGACUUAUUCUCAUCCGUCUCGAGUCCUCUCGUCGUCAUAUGUCAUCCGAAAAGCUUUGAUUCGAAAGCACUAUCUAUCCCGCUGUGUGCAUAACUAUGUGACCAAAAAUCCGGGAAGCAUCCUGAAGACUGCCGUUCCACGGACGUGGGACUUAGAGAUCAGCUUUGCGGAUGAAUUGGAUGAAUUGUGGCACGAUGGACUGUGGGACCUUGGCGAGGAACUGGAAAAAGCUGACCCAGCAAAAUGGUGGAUUUUAAAGCCUGGGAUGGCCGACCGAGGAAUGGGAAUCAGACUGUUUCACUCAAAAGAGGAUCUCGUGCAGAUAUUCGAAGGUUUCGAGGAAAAUUCAGAUGAGGAAGAGGAGGGAGGCGAAGAGCCAGGUGGUAGAGAUACAGAUACCUCCGUCGUCACUUCGCAAUUGAGACAUUUUGUCAUCCAGGAAUAUUUAGCUAAGCCAGUUUUGUUUGACCCUGCCGAAGUACCGCUUGGAGAAAAAGAUAUUAGUCCACCAACCGGUGACCUUCAUGGUCAUAAGUUCCAUAUACGUGCAUAUUGUGUCGCCUCCGGUGCUCUUUCGGUUUUCCUGUAUACGCGAACUCUCGCGCUUUUUUCUGCGCUCCCUUAUACAACACCUUCCAAACCCCCCGGGGACUCGGAGGAUGCCCAAGUAGAGGAUAUUGACCUGGCUCCACAUUUGACCAACACCUCCCUUCAAACCGAACGAGGCGAAGCUGGUGUACGACUCUUAGACGAACUCGUUGGGUGCCAUGCACUUGGAUCUCCUGUCAUUGGUUUGAAUGGCCAUUCAGUGCCGACCACUCGACAAUCCGUACGUGGGAGAGCCAUGGGCCAAGCCAUCGAUGUCGAUCAAGUGCGUAACCAGAGGCAAGAAGUGCCAUCUCAGAACACUUCCGCUGAACAUGUCUUCACAAAAAAGGAUCUGCAGGAUAUACAAAAUCAAAUGUCAGAAAUUGUUGGGGAGACAUUCAAGGCCGCUCUGGACAUGAGUGUUCAUUUCCAGCCUCUUCCAAACGCAUUUGAGCUCUAUGGUAUCGAUUUUCUAGUAACCCAGUCAUCGAACCCUACGUCUUUUAAGAGAUAUCAAGUUCAAAUACUCGAAGUUAACUCGGAGCCUGCGAUUGAAUUGACGGGUCCUCGUCUCACAUGGGUAUUGGAAGAUCUGUUCAAGGCAAUGGCUCGAAACUUUGUCUCACCCUUCUUACGACCCAAUGAGGAGCAGGCUUGGGCGGUUGGGGAAGUGCGAAAUAAUUUACGAAAGUGUCUUGAGGUGGAAAUCAGAGGUGCCGGAGGGUGGUAGUUUACAUUAUAUGCGAAAUUAGCUUGCUUCUCAUUUGAAAGUUUGCGCACUGCGAAUCCAUACCUUGUGCCCAAAAUG